CGUUUUGGGCUUUGUUUUUUACAUUACCUUGUUUACGAAAUGUGUGAAAACGACUGUUUAACUUUCAAGCUAACUUGCAACCAGAGAAAACCAACCAGCCGGUUCGAUGAACUGAAGUCAAAAUUGAAAAGGAAGACUCUUCCUUUCUUUACCCCUAAAGAAGUCGUCGUGCACAACAGCGAGAAUGAUUGCUGGGUUAGUUUUCUGGGGAUUGUGAGGGAUUUGACACCUCUCGUUCGAGAAUAUCAGGGAACUAGAGAAGUAAUGCCUGUGUUAGCGUUCGCUGGUAAAGACAUUUCCCACUGGUUCGACCCCAGAACAGGAGAAAUUAAGCAUCACAUUCAUCCAGUGACCGGAGUGCGAGUGCCUUACACACCUCACGGGCCUGUCCCUCAUGUACUUCCCCAGGUACCUUCCUCGGAAUGGAGACCCCUGGACACUCUCCCGUGGUGGUUCGACGUGGACCUGGUCGUGGGGUAUGUAACCCGCGCCGCUCGACCUAUCAGGAUCAACAACAAACUCACCGGGGAGGAGGUGACCUUGGAAGUCUGUUCGGAAGACACCCUGGACAGGAUACUGCAGCGAUACUCUAUGUUCAACUCGUCAGCUACAGGGUACACGUGGAAGUACGAGACGAGAACUCUCAACUCUACAUGGACCUUGGAUGAGAACGGUAUACCAGACAUGAGGCUCAAGUUGAGACAGUUGAGACUUCCUGAAGACCUGUACGUGCCUUGUUUGAUGCUAUACUUUAACGAUGAUCAUCGCGAUUAAAAUCAUUAAUUCGGACUUAUUUGAA